CUACACCCAUUGGUUGAGUUUUAGUUAAAGCAGUUCCACAUCACUAGCGCGCCAUAUUUAACGUUUUGCUUCAGGAGGGCCUUUCUUCUGGGAUGAGAUUAGUAAUAUAUGUGUUAUUUAUGUGACUUUUAUUUUAUUUUAACUUAAUUAUUUACAUCAUAGCGCCUUUAAUUCAAAAUGGACUGUGUGGACUUUCCAAGAGUUCUGCCUAAUUCACCGAGGAAAGCACGGGGACAAAUUCAGGUUAUCUUUGGACCGAUGUUUUCAGGCAAAAGCACUGAGCUGAUGCGAAGAGUGCGCCGUUUCCAGAUAGCUCAGUACAACUGCUUGGUGAUCAAAUAUGCCAAAGACAUACGUUAUUCUGACAAAGGCAUGGCCACACAUGACAGGAGCACAAUGGAAGCUGUGCCAGCCAAUUGUCUGGAAGAUGUGCGGUCUCUGGCAUUACAAGUCUGUGUCAUUGGAAUUGAUGAAGGACAGUUUUUUCCAGACACAGUGGAAUUUUGUGAACAGAUGGCCAAUUUAGGGAAGACAGUUAUUGUGGCUGCUUUGGAUGGAACCUUCCAGAGAAAGGCUUUUGGAAACAUCCUGAAUCUGGUCCCUCUGGCGGAGAGCGUGGUGAAACUCCAUGCUGUUUGCAUGCAGUGUUACAAAGAAGCUGCCUACACCAAGAGGAUAGGGGCAGAGAAGGAGGUGGAAGUGAUUGGUGGAGCUGACAAGUAUCAGGCGGUGUGUAGAAAGUGUUAUGGGGGUCUGAUGGUGGACAAGGAGAACAAUGCUCCCUUCAGGAAAGAAACUCCACAACAUGUUCUCGCAGGAAAACUCAUGGACUCCGCUGUUCCCAGAAAGCUUUUCUCCUCUCUCCAUUUCUGAGCACAAUAAGACUAGUUGCAGAAGUUGAAUAUAAAUCCCUGAAUCAAAUGAGACCGAGAGAAGAGCAGUGGAAGGCAAAUGGGAUUAUCUAACAUAUUGGUUAGAUAGACUUUCCUGGUAUUUUAGUGUUUGUAUUUGGUGUCUGAUUGGUGGGUAUGUUUUAUUUUAUGUAUGUUUUGACAAUGACAAAGCACUUGAUAACCCUGAAAUUUAGUGAACCAACUAAUAACGCACUGUUAUAGGAUUCACUACAUUGUGGUUAAUACCUGUUUCUUUAAACAUCAUCUAAGUUUUAAAUUAUUUUUGUUGUAUAGGUCAUGUAUGAAUGCAGUAUUUUAUGCUGACAUACAAAUGGAAGGUGUGACUCAUGUCUCAUCAUGUAUGGCAGGACAGGAGUAGUAAUUAGUAAAAAUGUAAGUUCAAAUUGUACAUUUUAAUAAACAUGACAGGGUA